CCAACGAGUAACGCUCCCUUUAAACCCUAAACCCCUUUUUCCGCUCCCACGCGACGCGAGUCGUGACGAUUACAAAGCGCCGCCCACCCGAAUCCACCAGAUCGUAGCAGAGAUGGCCGGCGCCGGCGGCUUCCUCGCCGACGUCAACGACCCCUGGCUGAAGCCGCGGCUGCUCCGCGCAGUGGUCGCCGAGCGGCUGCCGCAACCGGGCGGCGCCGAGCUCGCGCCGGCUGAGGUCGCCUCCGUCCUCGGGGCGGUGCGGACGCACGGCCUCCUCACCGAGAGCCUCCCGGACCACCCUCCGAACCCCAAGCUCGCCGAGGCGUGGCGUGCCGCCAUGGACGCCUGGGUCGAGCGCGCCGGCGCGCUCGUGGAGAGCGACUCGGCAUACAGUUGUUGGUUGGGUACUUGCUUUCUCGGUGUGACUUUCCAAGAGUGCAGCAAUGAGCGCUUUGCAGAAUCAUUCUCCAAUUGGUUUGAGAAGGUUCUGAGAAACUUGCAGGAGCCAUCUAGCUUGCUACUUGUUACUACUGUCUCUUGUACUUCAAUGUCUGAUCUAUUUGUGAGAUUGGCAAAGUUUUUGAACUUAAAGAAAGAGGCAUCAUCCUUUGCUGGAAGGGUUGUUGAACCGGUGCUGCGGCUCUUAAAUGAGAAUGGUCUAGUAACUGACGAAGCAGUUGAUUUGCUGAAGACAGUUAUUAAAUUGUACCCAUCAUCUGUAAAUCGACACUACAAUAAAGUUGAGUCUGCCAUUGUAGCAAAGGUUAUGAGUACAGAAGUCAAUGUAAAACCAUCUGAGAAAUUUGCGGGAGCCUUAGCAUUGUUACCUUAUGUCCGUGUAUCCGAGGACAGUUGGUCACUGAUGAUUCGGAAGAUAUUGAUUACGGUAAACAAUCUGUUGAAUGAUGCUUUUAUUGGGCUUGAAGAAGAUAAGAAAGGCCAUGAUAUUAUGUUGCUACUAGUUCCACCUGGAACUGAUCCUCCACCAACAUUGGGAGAUCAAGCAAGGUCUGGAGGCAAUGUACAUGUCACGAAGAAAUUUCGUGUCUGUACGGUCCCUACCAUUUCAGCUCUUAUCCAUUGCUGCAGUGUGAUGCUGACUAGUUAUUAUCCAGUUCAGGUCAAUGUUCCAAUGCGUGCUUUGAUAGCUUUGAUACGAAGAGUGCUGUUAGUUGAUGGAUCGUUGCAUAAAAAAUUGUUCCCUUCAACAACUUCCUUGCAUCAAGAGCUUAUUUGCUUUGAGCUUCCGUCAUUGCAUUCGACUUUCUUGGAUUUGCUCAAUGCAGCUAUUAAAGGAAUGAGAAGCCAACUUUUACCACAUGGUGCUAGUAUCAUACGGCUUAUAACAGAGUACUUCAAAAUAGCAAAGUUGCCUACUUUGAGGACAAAAGUUUAUAGCAUUGUGCAGUUGUUGCUGACCUCCAUGGGUGUUGGGAUGUCACUGCACUUGCUUGAGGCAAUAGUCAACAAUGCAGUUGCUGAUCUGAAUGAUGGUGGUGGAAAUGACAUGGCUAUAGUCAACACAAAUCUAUCAAAAGUGACUAGUGUAUCAUCAUCAAAAAGUUACUCCAAGAAGAGGAAGCAAGAACCACAAAUACAAAACCCAGCUGUCUCAGCUUCAGAGAAGGCAGCAAUCAGCCCAAGGAAAAGGAAAAGUUCUUCCAUGCCUAUUGUAUCAAAGGGAAUGACUCCUGAAACUACAGGAGAUGUUGGAACGUUAACUCCUCUGUCUGUCAAAAUAGCUGUAUUGGAAACAUUGGAAAUUCUUCUGAAUGUGGGGGGUUCAUUGCGGGCGGAUCACUGGAGGUCAGAAGUGGACUUGCUCCUAAUUAACUUCGCUAGAAGUAUUUGUGACACAGGAGGGGGUUAUGAGCAAAAACCAUCCACCGUUGGGGAGCCAAGCAUAUCAGACCUCCAACUUGCUUCAUUGAAGGCACUGUUGGCAUCUUUUCUUUCUUCUCCUCAUGCCCGCCCUCCUUAUUUAGCCAAAGGAAUCGAGCUCUUCAGAAAAGGGAAGCUAGAUAUAGGCACCAAGCUUGCAGAGUUUUGUUUGCAUGCUUUGAUGGCUUUGGAUGUCCUUACGCACCCUCGAGCCCUGUCUCUAGAAAGAGCAGUUCCUGUAGGCACUGGGCUCAAUUACGGUGCACCAAGAAAGGCAGUUUUUGGUGCUGGAAAAUACCAGAUUUCACCAUCCGGACAUCAGCCUGAAGCUAUGGAGGUUGAAGACAUGUAUGAUGAUUGGUUGGCAUCCACCAAGGACGAUGAACUAGCAGAGGCUCCAGUGAAUGAUAGCGCCGUAGGAUUAAGUACAGCGGUCAUGAUGUUGGAGGGUGAAAAACUCAACCCCAUUACAGAAGAUCCAAAAAUUGAUCCACCUCGAAUUGCAGAUGCAGUACAAGAUGUCCUGGCGUCCAGCAAGAGUGAUGUCAGAAUGGUAGAUGCAGCCGUAGACGAAAUCAUCAUGCCAAAUACAAUGGAUAAUCCUUCUAGCUCUAAUGCUGUUUCGACUCCAUUUCCUGAGCAGAAGCGCACUGAUCACGUUAGUCAUCUUGAGAGCAAAAGCCCAGCUGUCGAUGCAUCAUCCAGCAAAGUGGUAACUUCAGAUGAAGUUUCAGCUGUUCCAGGUGUUGCUUCAAGCAGCCAUCAAGCACCAGGAGGCUCUUCCACCAGUUUCGCAGAAUUGUUUGGUUCGGAGUCUGGCGUCGAGUCGGAGUCGGAAGACUCGAUGCCAGAAAUUAAUGACGGGGACCCUGACUCUGACUAGGGUUCAUUGCUGUUUGUUACGUUUUAUGGCUCCGUGAGUUCACCUUUUUAAGGUACAAACCAAUGACAUAACGGUUGUAAUCUGUUACUUCCCAAUGAAAAUUUUGUGGUCUGCGAUUUUAUUGUAUUGAACAAACUA